CAGUUUGCAGUCAUUGACAAUUGUUUCACUUUUUAAAUUGCUGCUGUCAGGACAUGGUAAUUCUUCCUUACAAAGACAGCCUUCUGUUAUUCAGUUGGUAUCUGCAACAAUUUGAUUUGGAUGGCAAUCUGGUAUGUGUUUAAUUUUUUGGUGAAAAUAGGGAGUUCCGUCUCCAUCUCUAGUUUCCAAAAUGUUAAAUCUCAAAUUGUUCAUUUCACAGGUCAAUCAAGGGCUUACUGUUUAUGGGAAUAAAGGAAGCACAGAUCAGCAUGCCUACAAACAACAGCUGAGAGAGGGUGUGCACAACUUCUUAGUAACAUUCAUUGAAGUGCUUUGUGAGAGACCACCUGGUCAUGAUUGGGAGCUUGAACCUAGUGUUACCUGUGGUGACUAUCUGUUUGGAAUGCUUCAAGGAACGGGCUAUGCUCUAUAUGCCAAUGAUCGUGAGUCUAUAACAGUCACUGUUGAAGAAGUGACCCCUAGAUCAGUGGGGGCUCUUAUAGCAUUGUAUGAGCGAGCAGUUGAGAUAUUCGCCUCAUUAGUUAAUAUUAAUGCCUAUCAUCAACCUGGUAAAUCGUUUACCUUAUAAUUCUUAUUUAAAUUAGAUGAUUGCUAUAUGUUUUGGGCUUAUUGCUGUUGAGAAUAUGUGUGGCCUCUCUGAGUCAAGAAAUUAAAUCAAUUCAUCCAACUGGCUGUCUUUUUUCUUGGCCCUGAUGUGCGA